AUGGAGACAGCGAGCCACGCACAUGCUCAUGGUGGCGUCCUCUUACCCUGGAAAGUAGGCCACCCCGGAGAUGCAGCCACGUCUCGUCUCUCCGCUACGCAGUCGCACAAUGGGAGUGGAAGACUACAAAUAAGUGUAGCGGCCAAUGGUCGUCUUGGGAAGCGUAAGGCCGACGCCCUUGACGGAGGAGCGCACGGGGGUCACGCAUCCUCCAGCGGUAAACGGGAUACGAUCGCGUGCACCGAUUACCAGACAGGCGCAAAGCUGUCCGAUGCGCUCUCAGCAAGCCUCAAGGCCUACUACGCAUCGUGUACGCCCUCGAGCCCACACCCUCCACAUAUCCAGUUCCACGGUGCAUAUACCAUAAUAGCGGACCCAAGAAUCCCUCAGUGGAAGCGUGUUGAGCUCGUCUCCAACGAGUUGCGCAAAGUCGUAAGAUAUCCAUAUAGUAACAAAGUGUGUGACCGCCCCAUGACGACGCAGAGCUGGACAGAGUUCUACCAGUGCGACUGCAGUCGCGGACGAGCCCUUCCCCCUUUCUCGCAGUCAACUACGUCCACAACGCCAUCGCCCACGUCCACAUCGUCGUCCUCCGCGCCACUCGCUACUACCGAUACCGCACCGUCAUCGUCUUCAAACCCAGUGAAGCGCACACAAAGUAGCCUAUCCCAUUGGAUCACAAACACUACCAAGAAGUCCAAGGCUGCGGAUCCCUCAGAUGCUGGCAAUGGAACACCGAUGAAUGUUGACCCGCUGCCAGGCUGCGGAGGCAAGCUGCAUAUCACGGCGGAGGAAGAUAAUUCGCAUCCGCUCGGGCCUCACAUCAAGGGCCAGAAGAUUGUGGUAAUGGUAGAGCAUCCGACGAAUCCUGCGCAUAUAUAG